AUGGAAAUACAGACUGCAAGCAGUUCAGCAGCCAUGAACAAUGACCCCAAGCGUCUCCAUAAAUGCAGAAACAUCUGUUUUGCAACCAUGGGUGGGUUAAUAUUCAUCAUAAUCCUCAUUGUAAUCUUAGCUUUCACCGUUUUCAAGCCCAAAAACCCCGUAAUAACAGUCGACUCAGUCACCUUAUCCGACCUGAAGUUUUACCUAGAUACGACAAAGUUCCAAGUGUUGUUCAACUUUAGCCUGGACGUGGAUCUCACCAUCAAGAACUCCAACAAAGUGGGGUUCAAGUAUGCUGACUCGGCCGCUGAGUUGAACUACAGGGGCCAGAAAGUAGGCGAGGUUCCAAUUCCAGCCGGUAAGAUUUCUGCAGAUAAAACGGCUCCGAUGAACUUGACGGUGACAGUCAUGGCGGAUCGAUUCAUCUCAGACUCAAACUUUUUCGCUGAUGUUUCGGGUGGUGAACUGCCUUUGGAGACAUUUUGUGAGAUUUCAGGCAAGGUUAAUAUCUUGAAUUUGUUUAAGUUUCAUGUUGUUUCUACAACUUCAUGCGACAUCAUUGUCUUUUUGUCUAAUUCAAGUGCUGGAGACCAAAACUGCAACUAUAAGUAUAUGGUGUAA